AUGGCUUCCAAACCAGGCAUCCUUACAAACUGGCCAUGGAAACCUCUUGGAGACUUCAAGUUUGUGAUUCUAACUCCAUGGAUUGCACAUAGCAUAUACACUUUCACAUGGACUAAAUGUGAUCCAAUGUACUAUCUUGUACUCCCUUUUAUAUUCAUCAGAAUGCUACACAAUCAGAUUUGGAUUUCUGUCUCACGCUACCAAACUGCUAAAGGAAAACGCCGAAUCGUCGACAAAGGCCUCGAAUUCGAACAAGUCGACCGAGAAACCAAUUGGGAUGAUCAAAUAUUACUCACUGCAAUGUUAUUUUACAUAACAUACAUGACAUUUCCCAUGGCUUCUAAUUUACCAUGGUGGAGAACAGAUGGUGUGAUUCUGACAGCAAUAUUGCAUGCUGGUCCAGUAGAGUUCUUAUACUAUUGGCUUCAUAGAGCACUUCAUCAUCAUUAUUUAUACUCUCGUUAUCAUUCUCAUCAUCACUCCUCGAUUGUUACUGAACCUAUCACUUCUGUGGCACACCCAUUUGCUGAGAUGUUGGCAUAUUUUACACUGUUUCUUAUCCCAAUAUUUACAACUUUGUUCAUGAAAAAAUCUUCUCUAGUUGCAGUGUAUGGUUAUAUCUUUUACAUUGAUUUCAUGAACAAUAUGGGUCAUUGCAACUUUGAGUUCUUUCCUAAGAAACUCCUGGCCUUCUUUCCACUUUUGAAGUAUCUCUCAUACACACCAUCGUUUCAUUCACUGCAUCACACGAAAUUCAGGACAAAUUACUCGCUCUUCAUGCCGAUUUACGACUAUAUUUAUGGCACAGUAGAUGCAUCCACUGAUAGUAUGUAUGAAAAAUGUUUGAAGAGAGCAAAGGAGUCACCAAAUGUGGUGCACUUAACACAUUUAACAUCAUUUGAUUCCAUCUAUCAAUCGCGUCUGGGAUUUUCUUCCUUGGCCUCAAACCCUCAAACAUCGAAAUGGUAUCUACAUUUGAUGUGGCCUUUUACAAUGUUCUCUAUGCUUAUGACUUGGAUUUGUGCGCGCGUCAUUGUUAUAGAAAGUAACACUUUCAACGAUCUUAAGUUACAGUGUUGGCUUAUACCAAAAUUUCAAACACAAUAUUUCUCCAAAAAGCAUAGCAAAACAGUGAACAAGUUGAUUGAAAACGCAAUUAUGGAGGCUGAGUUAAAUGGAGCAAAGGUGAUAAGUCUAGGACUUCUUAAUCAGAGACAAUUUAAUGCACACUAUGAUCUCUAUAUUGGAAGAUUCCCAGAACUAAAGAUGAAAAUUGUAGAUGGGAGUAGUCUAGUUGCUUCUAUUGUGCUCAAUAACAUUCCAAAAGGAGCAAAUAAAGUGCUUCUUAGAGGAAAGUUCAAUAAGGUUGUGUUUGCUAUUGCUAAUGUUCUAUGCACAAAAAAUAUAAAGGUAGGUGUAUUAUACAAGGAUGAGUUUGAAGAGCUUGAGAAAAGGGUGAUCAUGUCAAAAGGAAAUUUGUAUAUUUCACCAAUCAAUACUCCAAAGAUAUGGUUAGUUGGAGAUGAAUGGGAUGAAGAUGAGCAAUUGGAAGCACCAGAAGGAUCUUUGUUCAUACCAUUUUCUCAUUUUCCUCUAAAUUAUAUGCGAGAAAGUUGUUUCUAUCAUUACACACCAUCAAUGAUUACUCCUAAUACAUUCAUGAACUCACACUCGUGCGAGAAUUGGCUUCCAAGAAGAGCUAUGAGUGCAUGGCGUAUUGCUGGAAUAAUUCAUGCUUUAGAAGGAUGGAAUGUUGAUGAGUGUGGUGACACUAUACUUGACACUAAGAAAGUAUGGGAAGCAACUAUUCGCCAUGGUUUUCAACCUCUAAAGAUAUAUUCUCACAAACCAUGUGUGACUAAUUAA